UGGGAGGAGCCUAUGGGGGCGUGGCUUAGGUUGGAAAUGGACGGGGGCUUGGUGGGGGCAGGACUGUGGAUGAAGUGGGAGAGGCUUGGGCAGUGGGGCGGGGCUUAAUAAAGGGCGUGGCUCGGUGAGCAUGGUUGGAGUACCCUAGGUUGAAGGGUCCUAACUGAGGCUAAGUGGGAAAAUGAGGCUCAGUGUGAAGGUUGCAAGAGCUUAGUGCAGAAGGGGUGGUAUUUGUUCAGGGGUGUGGCUUAAAGUGUUGGGCACACAGUGAGUUUAGUAAUUUGGGGAGUCUGAGUGGAAAUAUCAAGUCUUUAUAAUGGCAGAUAAAAUGACGUAAGAUUCUGGGGCAGGAUUCAGAAGGGCUGAGAAAGUGGGAGGUGCUGAGUGGAGGGGGUCUCGGAAAGGAUGGGGCUUACGGAAAGGCUGGGAUUAAGGACAAAUUGAAAGGGAUUUUGGAGGCUGUCCUUAGUGGUUUCUUGAUGGUGGGACUUAAAGAGGACACUCGGAGGAACUUAGAAGACAGUAGUAAUCAAAACAUCUUACGUUUUGAGACUUUGUUGUGCGCAGGCCUAAGUAAGCAGGCAGCCUAGUCCUCACUGCCACGCAGUGAGAGAGCCCCCACCCGCCACUGCCCUCGUGCCACGCCACCAUGGAUGAUGCCCCGCUGUCAGCGCCCCCGGUCCCUGCCCCAGCCCAGGCCCCAGCACCGCCCGCCGCCGCCCCCCGCGUCCCGUUUCACUGCAGUGAGUGUGGCAAGAGCUUCCGCUACCGCUCGGAUCUGCGGCGCCACUUCGCCCGGCACACUGCGCUCAAGCCCCAUGCGUGUCCGCGCUGCGGCAAGGGCUUCAAGCACAGCUUCAACCUGGCCAACCACCUGCGCUCUCACACAGGCGAGCGGCCCUACCGCUGCUCCGCCUGCCCCAAGGGGUUCCGAGACUCCACCGGCCUGCUGCACCACCAGGUCGUUCACACUGGUGAGAAGCCCUACUGCUGCCUAGUCUGCGAGCUUCGAUUCUCCUCACGUUCCAGCCUGGGCCGCCACCUCAAGCGCCAGCACCGUGGGGUGCUCCCAUCCCCAAUGCAGCCAGGUGCUGGCUUGCCCACCCUGAGUGCGCCCUGCUCUGUCUGCUGCAAUGUGGGGCCCUGCUCAGCAUGUGGGGGAGCCGGGGCUGGCGGCGGAGAGGGCCCGGAGGGGGCGGUCUCAGGUCCGGGCAGCUGGGGGCUGUCGGAGGCGGCAGCUGCUGCGGCGGCAUCGCUCCCUCCGUUUGCGUGCGGUGCCUGUGCACGGCGCUUCGACCACGGCCGUGAGCUGGCGGCCCACUGGGCCGCGCACACCGACGUGAAGCCCUUCAAGUGCCCGCGCUGCGAGCGCGACUUUAACGCCCCAGCGCUGCUGGAGCGGCACAAGCUGACGCACGAUCUACAGGGCCCAGGUGCGCCCCCAGCAAAGGUCUGGGCUGCAGGGGCCGGUGCAGGGCAGGAGACCCCUGGUGAGGGUUGCGCCCUGGAAGCGGGUGACGCCCGGCCGGCCUGGGACAGAGGGCUUCUCCUGGGCCCCGCUGGAGGUGACGUGCCCCAGCUGGGCAGGCUGCUCCCUGAGGGCGGCGGGGAAGCCCCCGCGCCUGCAACCACCGCGGAGCCAUCAGAAGACACCCUGUAUCAGUGCGACUGCGGGACCUUCUUCGCAUCGGCUGCGGCCCUAGCCAGCCACCUGGAGGCACACUCGGGGCCAGCCACCUACGGCUGCGGCCACUGCGGGGCGCUGUACGGGGCUCUGGCCGCCCUGGAGGAGCACCGGCGCGCCAGCCACGGCGAGGGCAGCGGGGCGGAGGCGGCCACUGCGGCCCCGGAAGGGGAGCCCGCGUCUGGGGAGCCUGCCUCUGGCUCGGGCCGUGGCAAGAAGAUCUUCGGCUGCUCGGAGUGUGAGAAGCUGUUCCGCUCGCCGCGCGACUUGGAGCGGCACGUGCUGGUGCAUACAGGCGAGAAGCCGUUCCCGUGCCUCGAGUGUGGCAAAUUCUUCCGCCACGAGUGCUACCUCAAGCGCCACCGGCUGCUGCACGGCACCGAGCGGCCCUUCCCUUGCCACAUCUGUGGCAAGGGUUUCAUCACGCUGAGCAACCUCUCCAGGCACCUGAAGCUGCACCGGGGCAUGGACUGACCUGCGCCCUUCAGCAACGACCACCCAAAUCCAGAAACAGGCCCUGCGAUGAGGACAUCGUGGCUGGAGAGAUGGGGCCACCAGAAACCCACACAGGCCCCUGAGCUGGGGGGCAGCAAAUAAAGUGAGAGACCCCUCAGCUUGGGCGUCUCGGGUCUAUGGAGAGACUCCCGAGCUUGAAGGCCCCCUGAAUCCGUGCUGGAUAUCCUCAAAUCAAUGGGCCCCUAAGCUUGGGGACGUCAGAAUGAGAAACGGGUCCUCAGACGUACUUCUCACCUUCCGGGACCUAGUAAAAGAUGGGCACGCCUCCCCCAAGGGAAGUCUGCCCACUCCCUGAGAGCCAUCAUUCCCAACGACCUUGAUCUGGAUAAUGUGUGUGUGGGAGGGGGGGCAUGUCCUCAUUUUCCUGAAUCCCCUCCAAAUGCUACUCCCACAGUCACUGGUGCCCCCAGAUAAUGGAUAUAGCCGGAAUCUGCCCCCCCCGCCCCCAUUUCAUUCCCUCUGCAGAAAGAGGACCAGGGUCGACACCCCCCACUCAACUCCACUCCCCAGUUAGGUCCCUCUCCCCUUCUAAGGAAUGGAUUGACCCUUAUGAUCUCCCCAAACACUAGAAUAGGCUGGUUUGGAAUCCCCCUGCCCAGUAGAAUGGACUGGUCCAGAUUCACACACCCCUGUUCACUGGAAUGGGCUAGCCCAGGUGGUGGCCUGCAUCCCACCCUCCUUAGAGUGAAUAGGACAGACACUCCCCCUCCUCUUCCACGUAGUUCCCCAUUCUGCGAACUCAACCUGAGUGGAAAGUGGUGGGCACUGGGGUAUCCCUCCCGCUCUGCCAUAGCAGCUGUCGGUCUCUCUCUCCAUCUCUGUUGGGUCGUCUGUCUCUGUUCCUCCCAACCCCAAGGGGAAGAGGGGGUUGGCUAGGGGGUCCCCCCUGUGAGCCUCGACCUCACCCCCUCAUCUCACUCCCCAAUGUCUCCAGGACCCCAAUAAACCUUGUCCUGUCAGUCA